AUGUCUGGACCAUGUUGCCCCAGACUUGUCUACAAAGAAACCGAUAGCGAUAACAAAAGCGUUUGGUGGUUUCUUGACCAGUCCAUACGAUUAUACAAUGCGCCCAUAUUAAGAAGAUUGUGUAUUCAUCUCGGUUCACAAUGUCCCGUUGACGUUGAUGUUGUAAACUGGGUUGCAAAAGCAAUUGCUUGCUGCGUACGUAACCUAAUAUUCGAGCUCUACUGGAAAAGCGAGCCGAUCAGAAUGCCUCAAAGCCUUUACACAUGCAAAACGAUUGCGAAAUUGAAUCUCACCGAGAAAAUUCUUGUGGAUAUUCCUUUUCCGGUUUUUCUCCCAUCACUUACAGAGCUUGAUCUUAGAAGUGUUGUUUACAAAGACGAAGAUUCUCAUGUUAGGCUUUUAUCAGGUUGCCCCGUUCUCACGCAUCUGACUGUGGUUAGGUUUGAUGAUGUGGAUCACGUGGAUGAUAAUGUAAGAACGUUUAGUGUGAAAGUGCCUUCUUUACUGAAAUUAAGGUAUUAUUUUAUUCAAGUGAAGGAGGAUGAUACUGAUGAGACUGAUAGGUCUCUUGUUAUAGACACUCCGGCUUUAAAGUUUUUACGCAUCCUUGAGGAGCCGGAAUGCUCUUUCUCCAUUGAGUAUAUGCCACAUCUCGUGCAUGCAUCCAUUGGUGUUACGUUUUACUCUGACAACAAUUUUCUGCGCUCUCUUUCUACGGUCAAGUAUCUCCAGCUAGAUCCGCCUGAUACAGGUAUGGUUCCAUGGUGUAACGCCGUUAACUACUCUCAGCUUAUUGAGUGUAGCAUAUCUGAUUUUGACCCAGACGAGUGCGAAUCACUUGUGGUUUUGCUCUCCAACUCUCCUCAGCUAAAAGUCUUUAUGGUCGAAUCCAUAUCUGAUGAGAUUCCUCGGUCUGAAGAUCAUGUUCCGGUUUCGUGGAACAAGCCGAGUUCUGUUCCCAAAUGUUUGUCGUCUCGUCUGGAGUUCUUUAGAUGGUCAGGAUAUGCAGGGAUAGAAAACGAAAGGGAACUCAUAAGGUACAUUGUAGAACACUCCAAGUGUUUAAAAAAAGCGGAAGUUUAUUUGAAUUUAUCAUGCAAUCCUGAAGAGAAACAGAAGAUGGUUGAGGAGUUGAAGUCUAUGCCUAAGGUUUUAGCCAGUGUUUUGGAACCCGCCCGACCCGCCCCAUGGGACUGGUAA